AGAAGAUCUCAGCGCAAAGGAAGGACUUGGAGAAGGCCAUCAUGGUGCUCAACAACAAACUGGCCGAGGAUGAGGGUCCCAAGAUGCUGAAAGACAUCCAAGAUCUUCUCAAAAGGCUCGAGUCACCCACCGUUUUAUCUUGUCUCAGGUCAGAUUCGUCCCUCCAACAGAGGUGGACAUGGAGGUGCAUUCAGGACACAUCGUGGGGCCGAUACAGUACAGAAUAUGGAAGCACAUGCAAAGCUGCCUCUACCCAAAUAUUACAUCUGUGACUUUCGACCCAGAGACGGCCCACCCUCUACUAUCUGUGUCGCCGUCAUGCAGCUCCGUUUGUUUCGAUGAGGCGAAAGACACAAAGGCUUGCCAGCCCAACCCCAAACGCUUCCACUACUACUACUCCUUGCAGGGCCGUGAGGGCUUCAUCACGGGGCGUCACUACUGGGAGGUGGAGGUGGGCUACAAAACAGCAUGGAAGCUGGGCGUGGCCCGAGAGGACGUUCCAAGAGGGGAGAUGGCGGCCACGGGCACCUCCAGUGGCCUUUGGACUUUGGCCAUGAAGGAUGGAGCUGUCUUGGCUUGCGUUGACCCUCAACCUGUCAGAAUCAACGUCUCGGUCCGCCUUGCUCGCAUUGGAGUGUUUUUAGACUGUGAAAAGGAAGAGGUGUCUUUCUAUAACGCAGAGACCAUGGCACAUGUCUUCACCUUCCUGACAGGAACAAUUCUGGCCCCACUCUUCCCCUUCUUCAACCCCUGUGACGCCGACAAUGGAAGGAACACAGCGCCAAUUAGCAUCUUUAGCCCCUCGCUAUGACAAGAGACUGCGUUUUUGUACACUCAUUUUUUCUGUGUCGCCGUUCCGUUCAAAGAGUAACGACAACAUUUCUGGAUGAAAACGACCCGGCAUAAUCAAUUCCCUGUUGUGUUGAAAGCAAUGUUUGCUGUCCUAUAAGCAGUGUUGGGUUAGUUACUGAAAACCAGUAACUAGUUACAGUUACUAGUUACUUUAUUUCAAAAGUAACUCAGUUACUAACUCAGUUACUUACACCAAAAAGUAAUGCGUUACUGUGAAAAGUAACUAUUUAGUUACUUCUUUUUUUCUUCUUUUUUUUUUUUUAAAGCUCCCAUUAAUGCCCUUUUAGCCUUCAUUUCAGUACUGUUAUUGCACUGGAGAAUAAUACAAUCUGUUGAUCAACUUGACAUGCAUUUUUAUUUUCCGUUUAACAUAAUUAAUGAAAAUCAGUGCAACAUAAAAAGGCAUUCCUCCUUUCUUUAAACUUGGACCAAUGACCAUUAAUAAAAAAACAAGUUUAAGUGCAACAUAAGAAGAAACAUCAUCUUCCUUGAAACAUAGGUAGUGAAAUAAAGCCUGACAUCUGGAGUGAUGCUGCUGUCUUCCACACUUGGAGCCAUGGAUUGUAGAAUACUUGUUUUCAGUGGCAGGAUCAUUGACACAGAUGGUGAAGUUUCAGUGCUCAGUAGAGAUGGAACACUUUUGAGGGGUUUAAGCACCUGGAGGACCUCAUCUGCCACUCUCACAUCAUCAUCAGACAGGGUGACAUUUGUCUUCAGGGUGUUG